ACCUGCAUUACCAGACCUUUAUUGCAAUGCGGUGGCUCUCCGCUGGUCCCCCCCCCCCCGGCUCUGGUGUUGUGCUGCCUGGCUCCCAAAGCUGAGCGCUGUUCGGUCAUGUGAUUCCUGAUUUUUUUUUUCUCUCCUCCUUCGAAGUUGAAAGGCAGGAGCAGAGCGGCGGAGGGGGCCCAGCUCGCCUUCCUACUCUCCCGGCGGUGGAUGCAGCGUCGUCGUCCCGUUUCCAGCACACGACUGUUUGUUUCUCGCUCGGUGCGGCUCCUUCUCCUCAGACAUGGCGGGGGCAAUUAUUGAGAACAUGAGCACCAAAAAGUUGGUGAUAGUGGGAGUUACGCUGCUUUUGUUCCAGGCGUUUGCCUUCAUGGUCGGCGGUUUAAUUGCUCCCAGCCCCACCACUGCAGUCCACUACUUGGCCACCAAGUGUGUGGAUAUAGGCAAGCACCGACAGGAAACAAAAUGGUUCAUGCCCUGGGGUCCUAACCAGUGUACCAAACUCAAGAGCUUUGAUGAAGCCAUGGCCAAGAAGAUCGAGGCCAACAACAUCGUAUUUGCAGUCCACAUUCCUUUGCCUAACAAGGAGAUGAGCCCAUGGUUCCAGUUCAUGCUGGUCAUCCUGCAGUUUGACAUUGCAUUUAAGAUGUACAACCAGAUAGAGGAAGGAGCGAUGGCCACCAUUGACGUGGGCCUGGCCUACAGAGAUGACACAGUCAGUGAGUGGACAGAAAUGGCUCACUCUUUUGAACACAGGAAGCUCAACUGCAACUUCACGACUACCAAGACCUUUGAGAAUGAGGGAAGAUACUACGAGUGUGACCUGUUGCCCUUCAUGGAGGUCGGCAGCGUGGCUCAUAAGUAUUACCUUCUCAACAUCCGUCUGCCAGUCAACGAGCGGAAGAAGAUCAAUGUGGGGAUUGGAGAAAUCAAAGACAUCCGAUUUGUUGGCAUCCACCAGAAUGGAGGCUUCACCAAAGUGUGGUUUGCCAUGAAGACAUUCCUCACACCCAGCAUCCUCAUCAUCAUGAUCUGGUACUGGAGACGGAUCACCCUCAUGAGCAGACCUCCUGUGCUACUGGAGAAGGUCAUCCUCGCUCUGGGUAUCUCCAUGACGUUCAUCAACAUCCCAGUGGAGUGGUUCUCCAUUGGCUUCAACUGGACCUGGAUGCUGCUUUUUGGAGACAUCAGGCAGGGCAUCUUCUACUCCAUGCUGCUUUCCUUCUGGAUCAUCUUCUGUGGGGAGCACCUCAUGGACACAACAUUGUUUGCAACUUUGGCUCUGGGCAGAGGACAAGUGAAGAUGAGUGAGAGCUCUGUAUCAGCCAACAAAAACUUCCCUCAACCUGACCUUCAUCCCACAAAAAACUUGCAGGAUCAGACAGAGAGGAACCGUUUCUCAGUUUACUGGAAGCAGGUCGGACCCAUUGUGUUCGGCUCCUUCUGCCUCUUCAUCUUUGACAUGUGUGAGAGAGGGGUCCAGCUGACGAACCCCUUCUACAGCAUCUGGGCAUCUGAUGUAGGAACUGAACUUGCUAUGGCAUUCAUAAUUGUGGCAGGGAUCUGUGCCUGUCUCUACUUCCUCUUCCUCUGCUUCAUGGUAUUUCAAGUCUUUCGCAACAUCAGUGGUAAGAGGACGUCCUUGCCUGCCAUGUCCAAGGCCAGACGCCUGCACUAUGAGGGCCUUAUUUUCAGGUUCAAGUUCCUCAUGCUGGUCACUCUGACCUGCGCUGCCAUGACUGUCAUCUUCUUCAUCAUCAGUCAGGUGAACGAGGGCCACUGGCACUGGGGAGAGCAUACUGUGCAGGUGAACAGCGCCUUCUUCACUGGCAUCUAUGGCAUGUGGAACCUGUACGUUUUUGCCAUCAUGUUCCUCUAUGCACCCUCUCACAAACGCUACGGAGACGAGCAGACAAGUGGAGAUGCUGGGGGAAACGGUGGCGAGGACAUCCAGCUGACGACAACCAUCACCCAUGUUGAAGGCCCCUCUGAGAUCUACAGGAUGACUGGAAAAGAGGCUCAGGAGUAGAUUUCACACUGAGACUUUAAGACUACCCCCUACUAUCUACUGCUCCAAUCAUCCCCUCCCUCACGUAUGUUAUCAAACAGGCUUUUCUCUUUAUGUCCCCCUGGCCCUAAAACGGCAUCAGCAACCCACCUGCAUGUUAUCUACCAGUCCCCCAGUUACUGUCCUCUGCCAGCACCAAACCCUCAGCUGUGUGAGCUGUUACGUAUCCUCCUCAUCCCAAUUGUAUCUCUGAAGGCUGAAUAUUAUCAACACCUGUCAGUCCUUUUCAUUUCAUGGUGGAAUUUCUUUCUUACAUUUCAUACUUUGUGUAAACUAUGUUGUAAGUGUUGCACAAUGCUUUUGACACAAAAAAAGAGAGAUUUGAGUGUAAAGAAAACCCUUUCUUGGUGGUCAGAAGUUGCAUUUGUCAGCCAUCACACUCCUGUUUUUUAAGUACAGUGUGUUGAAAUGGAGUAGUUGGUAAAGACCGGAGCUUUUGAGCAAGAUUUUGUGGAUACAUUUUAGCAACAAACUUUUAUUUUCUGCUUAAUUAUGUGUUAUACUUUCAGUCAAGGUGUUAGAGGCUGUCACACGCAUUUUCUUCCAUAGAAAGUAGAUCAUGUUGAGUACUGCUGUCAAUCUUAGUCUUUCAAGUGAUGGAAAUCUUUUUUUUAAAUCAUCGGGGGAAAUGUACAGACCACAUAGCCACUUUGUUCAUUUUGUUACAAUGUAGAUAAUCUAUUUUUUAUAAAGUGCUUAUUUUCAACUUCACAAAAUAUAUGCAUCAUACUCUUUCAGUGUUUUUCAAGUUGACUGUAGCCUGUUAUACAUGGUUCUUAGUUUGUUUUUGCUUUUUAUGCUAAUUUAAAUAAAGAAAACCUUUUACUUA